AAAAGAAAGGGGACAGAAGCUAAAGCAGAACAAAUAUUGCUUUAUGACCCUAUUGCCUUUGUCUGUAGAGGGGACUCUUUAAGAAACUUCAACUGUCUCUGUCUUGUCUGUAUACAUCUGGAAGAAGAGGCCAAACGUAUUAAGGCUAUGUCUGUUCUUUGUAGUUAGGGAGCUGUUCUACAUAAUUACUAGACCUAGAAAUGCAGCUAAAGGACUCCAUUGAAAAGACUAAGGUGUUCUUCCACAACACUCUCCAACACCUUAAGUCGCUCUUCUUUGAAGGUUAUCAAAAGCUACCCAAGCCAGAUUCCUUCAACCCCUUCUCAUGUGCCAAUUGCAGCAUAAAGAAUCAUCAAAGAGAUGAAUACUACACCAAUUUUUGCAACGAAUGGGAGUGUGAUCUUGAAAAGGCAAUGAAGAGGAAGGAGAGUAGUAGCAUCACAGUAUCAAAAGAAGCGGCGAGAGAAGAAGUACAAGAAAAAGAAGACUGUAAAGCAAAUUCCACGAAGCUUCCAGAGAGUCCAUUGAAGAAGAAAGAAGAGGUAACAAAGGAAGAGAGGAGCAAGAAAAGUUCACAUUCAAGAAAAGUAGAAGAAGAGCUUUCAAAGAAGGAAAAAGAAGGAGCUUAUGCACUGGCUAAAAAGAUGAAGGAAUUGGAAAUGAUGGAUGUAAGUGAUGUAGAACAUGUAUUGGACGUAGAAGAAGCACUUCACUACUACAAUCGUCUUAGAAGUCCAGUGUAUGUUGACAUUGUCGAUCAGUUUUUCACCGAUAUGUACAGAGAAUUCUCUGUUCCACAGGCAUCCGCAAGCAUCAAUAGCUCAAAGCGAAGACUUGGUUCAAAAAGGUUGUAAAUGGCUUCCUACGUUUAUGAAUUCUUACUUUGUGUAUAUGAAUUUGUUUCCUUGUCCUAAUCGUCCCUUUCUAUGUUACAUUGAGUGUGCCUUUUUUGCAAUAUGAAUUAUAAUAUUCAUCUGUCAAAACAUCUUCUUCCAUA